AUUUAUUUAAUUAUUUCAAAUUUACAGAAAUUUAUCUUUUUAAUUUUCUCUCUCUAGCUUUCCAAAAAUGUCCGGUUACCCGCACAAUGUUCCCGGCUACGGUUACGGCCAGCCACCGUCAUCUCAGCCGUACUCCUCCACCCCAUACGGUGCUCCACCGCCGUCGUCAGCUUCACCUUACGGUGCUCCACCACCGUCUUCAGCAUCACCCUACGGUGCUUCACCAUCACCUUACGGUGCUCCACCAUCACCCUACGGUGCUCCACCUCCUCAAUCUCACUCCCCUUACGCUCCCGUUCCGUCUCCCUACGGCGCCGGAGCACCGUCUUACGGUGAUCCGCAUAAACCCCCAAAAGAGAAUAAACCACAAUCUUCAUCUCCUUACGGUGGGGCAGGGGCUGGGUACCCUGCUCCACCUCCUUCGGCUCCGUUCGGUGAUCCGAACAAACCACCGAAGGAUAGCCACUCACAACCGUCUGCUCCUUAUGGUGGAUACCACGCGCCACCUCCUGCUGGGCCUUAUGGAGCUAGUAGCCCUUUUGCAUCUCUCGUGCCGUCUGCUUUUCCACCGGGAACCGAUCCGAAUAUUGUAGCUUGUUUCCAGCUCGCGGAUCAGGAUGGGAGUGGGUUAAUUGAUGAUAAGGAGCUGCAGAAGGCGCUUUCUUCGUAUAAUCAGAGCUUCAGCUUGAGAACUGUUCAUCUGCUUAUGUAUCUCUUCACCAAUACCAACACUAGAAAAAUCGGUCCCAAAGAAUUCACUUCAGUGUUCUACAGUCUCCAAGAAUGGAGGGGAAUUUUCGAGAGAUUUGAUAGGGAUAGGAGUGGAAAAAUUGAUUCAUCUGAAUUGAGGGACGCGUUACUUAGCCUGGGAUAUGCUGUAUCACCUUCUAUCCUGGAAUUGCUGGUCUCCAAGUUUGAUAAAACUGGUGGAAAGAGUAGGGCCAUUGAAUAUGAUAACUUCAUUGAGUGCUGCCUCACCGUUAAAGGGCUAACUGAGAAGUUCAAGGAGAAGGAUACUUCAUAUUCUGGCUCUGCUACGUUCACUUAUGAGUCGUUCAUGCUAACAGUUUUGCCUUUCCUGAUUGCUUAGAGACGAGGCAUAUGAAUUUCACAUUUACGGGUGGUCUUACUAUGACUUACCAGCUUCGUUUUCGUUUGUUUUCAGUAGAGAGAUGUUUGCUUCUGUUAGUUUUUGUAAACAGUUUUCAGGGUGAAGUUGAAUUACUUGCUUGUAGAAGUCUAGUGUGUUGUAGAGCAGUAAAUGGGAUAUCAAAACUAAAUCCUUUGUGUUUCUUUUGAUGUGUUUACUAUUCAAUCAUGACUACUUUAAAGAGUA